AUGCUUUCCCGCAACUAUAUUCCUAUAACAGGAGCUUCGGCGGCAUCUAAUGGCGUUUUGGCGAACUCUGACGAGCUGUCAAUGGCGACAGCCUCCCUCCUCUUCUCUUUUUUCUUUCAGACUCAAUUUCUCCUCACUACUUCUCCGGAAUCAUCGACGGAGAGAAAUGUCGAACACAGUCGUGAAUGGCCUUGUCGGAGCUGGCGGAGGUAUCAUUGCUCAAAUCAUCACGUAUCCUCUCAAAUCGGUUCUUAUCCUUCCCUUUUACUCUCUCUGUCUACUUCCUAUUCGUCUGAAGAAGAUGCUGAUAUGAUUGACAAUGCUGAUCUAGAUACAACAUACCUUCAUACUAAUGGAAAUGCUGGUCAUGGGAGCUUACCAGAACAUAAUAAUGCAAAUGGAGAGCAUAGUGUAUCUGGAGACCUGCAUGGUGUUCAACCAGAUCCUGUAGCUGCUGAUAUUCUUAGGAAAGAACCAGAGCAUGAGACCUUUGUAAGGCUGAGAAUCAGCCCAUUUGAGACACCAUCUUCUGAUGAAGCAGAGGUUUAUAGAGCAUUACAAGGUUGUCUUGAGAUGCGAAAGAGCUAUGUGUACAGAGAAUACAUUGCUCCAUGGGAAAAACAAGUUAUAUCUGAUCCUAGUUCUCCAAAGCGUAAUCCAAAUCCUUUUUAG